AUGUUGCUGCCAGGUAGAGUUCUACUUUUUGGGCUGAUCCUCUGUACAGUCUGCAGAAUUCUCGAAGGUCAAAAGUCCUUGAACUUCCUGCUCUUUCGGAAGAUCGACACCGACUUCAACAGGAAGUACAUUUCGCUGUAUGGGGCAGCGAUCAGCCAGGACCACACCACCAUCAACUUCACCCUGAACUUCUCCCGGAACAUCACGGCGGACGUGUGGCUCAGGGCCACCAUAGGGCAGAGAGUGUCUAAGAAAGGAGACACCUUCAGGGACGUCUUCACCUACAACGUGAACUUGUGCCAGGUGAUGGGCAGAGCCAAGGGCAACAGCCUAAUCAACUUCUGGCUCAACAACAUCCUUAGGCAGUCCAAUAUGCCACGAAGCUGCCCUCUCAUGGAGGGCAACUACUAUAUGUGCAACAUUCGGUCGGAGAAGGAGACCAUUCCGCGGUUCAUUCGCUCGGGUAGCUUCCGUAUAGACUCCAACGUCUAUGUGAGGGACUGGAACAACGUCAACUUGACAGACACAAUCUUCUACGUCGACAUCAAAAUGAAGUGA